AUCAACGGCUGGAGGAAGUAACACUAGCCACACCAAAGGUCUGCACGAAGACGUAGGACUCUUCAAGGGCCCCGAUGGGCGUUUGAUGAACGCCUGUUUACCUCUCUACCUCAACGAAGCGCAUUUUCGACGUGUUUUACUGCAGAUCAAGCCUGUUUUGGGGUACUUUUUCACUCUAGACCCACUUGGCUACAGUGGGGAGCAGCUGGUCGCACUGUAUGGGAUUUUAGGGGAGAUGCUGGUGAUGCGAGCAGAGUCCUCCUCGAAAAGUCAUGAUACUAGCGGUGGCCAGUCUUCAAGUACUAGGUGGUUCGGUGGGGAUUUUGCGGAUUGGCUGAUUUGCGAUUUUGCCAAGCUGUGUGGUGGCUUGAUCCCCUUGACACUCGAUUUCUUGCAAGCAAAGGCUGACAAAGCCGGCUCGAAAGGAGAAGACUUCGUGGAUGACUUCAAUGUGUAUAGGCGGCUCCGAAUGCGUGCUAAUAGAAGAAGGGGGAAACAACAAACUUCCUCAAAAACUGAAGCUCAAGAUGCUACUUCCGAGGACAACAUAGAUAGUUUGGACUUGUUAGAGGCCUUUCUAGCAGGCCCCAAAGGACGCACCAAGGAACGUCUGCCGACAAUGCAAGUUUUGAUUGGUUGGGCAGUAGCAAAAGCAGCGAAAGAAGGCACAAGCGAAGAUCAUAUCAGGGUCGAAAGUUUGCUCGCUUUCGCGAGGGACGAGAGAUUUCGUAUAGCCUUUGAGGAAGAGCUUUGCAGACGCGCGGUUGGCAAUGUCUAUCGCGGCAGCACUCGGAAACUAGUGACACAGGUCCUAGAAGAGUUCAUGUAUGGACUGGAUGCCGUUUUGUGUCCUCGGGUAGACGACUACGAGGCACUGCAGAGAGAGUUGAAAAAGGAGGACAACGACGACGGAGGCUCUUCGAAGAAAAACCUCGGAGCUGCUUCCAGUCGUUCGGAAGAAAAAGCUUUUGCACUCUAUGGCCGUUAUUGUUUGGGGGAUUUGUCAACAAAGGAAGCUGCACGAGUCGCGAAACUGCCAGUACCACAAGUCACAACAGGCCUAAGAGACGCUACAGAGGAAUUUCAGCCUCGUUCAAUUGCAUGCUACACAAGAACGACAGGACGAGAGGACGAGACUUGUUACACUUACAACGCAGAGGAGAAUACUGUUCACACAACAGGAAAGCAGCAUACAGUAGGGCACACUUCAUCAGAGCAGAAAAAUACUGAUCACACCUCCUUCUUUGAUCGUCUAAUGCAGCAAGAAGACUCUAAAGUGCGCAAAUACAUGCGACCUUUGAUGUCCGUGCUUUCCUAUGCGGCCAAGACUAGUAGGGGAGAUGAAAACAGAUCUGACGGCGCUCAUCAAAACGAGAAAGACAAGAACCUCCUCAAACGUCUCAUGUGGAUUCAAGCUUUCCAGUUUGUAUGGACUUCUGACAUGACGCGAGCAGCGGAAUCAGGGGAAUAUCUGGACACCUGGAGAGUACUUCGAAAUUUUGUGAACUCUGGUGCUGGUGCUUCUUUUCUAGGUCAAGAGCAAUCUAUUCUCUUCUCAAUCUGUGGGCCCAUCCACGAACGCUUUGAGCAGAAGAGAAAGGAGAAAUUGGCACACACGAUUCAGACACGCAACAGUCGGCGCAUCGCAGAGCUAAUGUGCCUUUCCGCUGAUCCACAUGCCUUUCUUGGGCGGUUGUUUGCCGCUUGUCCGACUCGCGGAGGAGACGUUUUUCAGGAGUUGAUUGCUAUGAUCACUGGAGAAGGAGAUCAAGCUCUCUCAUUCCCCCUCCUCAAGUUCAAGCUCUUCGUUUUGCUCACAGGAAGAGCACCGCAUUUGUUGGUCAAUAACAUGUGUGGGGGGAAGAUGGGAAGCGAUAUUAAGGAGGAUGGCCUCAGUUACAUGUUGACUUCUUCUAGCAGUUGUACUGAGAUGAACCAGACGUCCACAUCCGACCAUCUCUUCAUUUCCAUUUCCUGUAUAGAGGAUAUGGCUUCAGCACCAGCAGCGAUUGCUGGUGGGACUAGUUGGGUACACUGUCAAGCCAAUAUCGCUGAGAAGUUUGAGAAGAUUCUAGGUGUGGACACUUUUUCGCAGAUUGAGCUCUGCAUGCGAGGAAAAGCAGGAUGGGUUUACAGGGAAUCAGACAUCCCCAACCGUCACGGACAUUGUAACAGUCAUCCGAAUAAGUCGUUGUUUAUGGAUUUCUCGGGGUUUUCCUUUAGGCAGGAAGGGAGGAAGAAGAAGCAGAAGUAGUAGGAGACGUAGGAGGGAAUUAAGUAGAAAGAAAGAAGGGAAUUAUAAAGAAAGAAGAAGAUUUCAAUUUGAAAGACUCACGAACAAGAUCUCAUAGUCAUAAAAAAGAACGAACACCGUUUUAACGGAGUGUAGAAGAACUGUCCACAUAAGCAGAUAGUGCUGGUUGCGUUUAUUUUCGUCCAGGCAGGACAAAUGGGUAUCACAGAAAUCGGCAGUAGAAAUAUGGCAAGCCUCCGUAGUCUGCACCUGGGUAAACGAGUACUGACAGAAGGACGCCUAUAAACAAGUACUGGGUCGUGUGCGCUCGUAUGAACGGAACAAGAGAAAUAUCGAACACUAUCUUGGCAAACCGUAAGAACUACAAAAUUCUCUAUCCAGUUACACUACUACUAGAAAAAUGUACCACGAAUUACAGUAAAUAACAUUAUAUUCGUUAAUACAGCAGACAGCACACAAUUCUUCAUUUGUACAGGACAUCAUGGAAUUGUUUUCUUCCAUGAAAAAUGUCAUGGAAUCAAAUAAAAUUUGGACUCGAAUAUGUUUCGUUUUCUUUACAAAAGACCGUGUUGAUAAUGGUAUGAAGAGUAACUUUUCUGGUACUAACUUUGUCUGUCUUGCACAACAAGGUCCCUACCUCAGGGUAGUACCUAAGCCCUUUUUUCCGCAAU